AUGUCCGAAGAGGACGCUCGUAAUUGGUCCCUAUUCCUCCGUCAGCGACGACUCAAGGACCAACUUCGGAGGCUUCAGAAUGAAUAUAAGGAUUGCUACUGUCCCGUCGGUUGCCGAGGCACUCAGUAUACCCAUCUUCCCGCGGACCUUGGACCCACGGCACCCGAGCACCAAGACUUACAUGGCCCGCACGUGCGCGUGAGUGAUCCGUUGCCUAUGACCAAAUAUAGGAAUGAGUUUCGCACUGAAGAGGGUCUUGUCGUGCUGGCUGAGGCACGAGGCAUGUCGGAUAUACUACUCCACCGUGAGAGGACCAGGGCUACCCUGCGCAUGUCGCUGCAGGUAUACUCGCACCCGCAGUAUGCCAGGACGGGUCUGAGAGGGUACUAUGCGGAGAUGUUCCUGACGCGUCCGGGCCAGCAGGAAAUAUUCAUGGGAAUCAUCCACUCCUGGUAUAUAGACAGAUCGACCCCACGUGAGACUUGGGAAAGCAUCAUCCUUUACCUGCAUAUGGACGAUGAUAAUUCUCGGCCAGACAUGCCGGAUAUUAGUGAUUAUUUUAGGUCUUUAUAUGGGGAUGCCAACCAUGAUCGAGACAACAAUGGGGCACUAUUACCACUCGCUGCAGUGCGGCGCCACCAUGGAGCACGUUGGGCGAGGUUGAAUGAUGAUACGGAUUUUGUCUACAUUUCCGUGAUAUGGAUUGACCAACAGGCUUCGGGGAAUCGUAUAAUCGACCAAGCCUUUGAAUUGUUUUACAGGCUGAUGGUAGGCGGGACGCUACCGGCGCCAUACAACCUCAACCGUCCAUUAACCCUCCUUUUGAGACCCGGUUUACUACAAGGAGAUUUCAUCGGAGUGUGGAGGGAUCGGGAAGGAGGGGCUUCUCCCAACGAGGAGCGGACGACAAAUGUCAUAUCGCGUGUAUACGAAAGAAACGGAUACAUGCACCUCUUCGAUCCCGGGCGCUAUGACAUACUAUUAAUGGGUCGUAGGGUCGACGCCUGCGAUCACCCUGCUGCCCCCGACGACAUGGCCACCUAUCCUCCCGCCCCGCCGGAUUCAGAUCUUAACACACCAUCGCCUAGACGGCAGGUCAGGGGAAAGCCACUAGAUCGGCUGGGAAUAAAGCCAAUGGGCAACAUUGGAAAACCUCCGGGACCUCUGCGAAAGCAAAUGGAACAAUUUCAAAGCCUACAAGAGGGACAGCAAGAGGACCAACAAAAGGACCAGCCAGAGGACCAGCGAGAAAGCCAUUGA